GCCUCGAAUCUCUACAUCAUCGGUGGUGGUGGCCUCGUUGCAGAAUUUGAGAAGCUGGGCUUCUGCUGCCACGGAGGUCCCACUGAGGACGAAGAGCGCUUCAGCGAGGACAGCUUCAAGGCUUUGGCGGAAGAGGUCGCCGCGACACGCUUCGAUGGCGUGGUGGUCGGAUGGGACACUGCCAUUACCUACUACAAGAUCACAAAGAGUGCGCUCGUCUUCCAACUUCAUCCUCAGUGUUUCUUCUAUGCUACGAACGAUGAUCCUGCGGACAGAGUGGGCAGGCUGGCUGGAAAGGAGGCGUUGUAA